CGCUAUUACCAACUUCAAAUUCCAAGUGAAAAAGCAAACUGAGAAAAACACAGAAAAUAGAGAGAGAGAGAGAGAAAACAGUGAGAGAAAAUGGGCAGAGCUCCUUGCUGUGAAAAGCUUGGAUUAAAGAGAGGUCCUUGGAGCAAAGAAGAAGAUGACUUACUCAUCAAUUAUAUUAAUAAAAAUGGCCACCCUAAUUGGCGUGCACUUCCCAAACUUGCAGGUCUGUUAAGGUGCGGAAAAAGUUGUCGUCUCCGAUGGACUAAUUAUUUGCGACCUGAUAUUAAGAGAGGGAACUUUACUCCUGAAGAAGAAAACACCAUUAUCAAGUUGCAUCAAGUUCUUGGAAAUAGGUGGUCUGGAAUUGCAGCAAGGUUACCGGGACGAACAGAUAAUGAAAUAAAAAACAUUUGGCAUACUCGUUUGAAGAAGAGAGCGGAUGAUAAAUCUCAACCUCAACAAACUCAAGAGAUACAAGAUCAACAAACCAUGGAAACAUCAAAAUCCGAGGAAAAUUUGGUCACACAUUCAUCAGAGCCCGAAAAUUCUGAGGAAAUAUCAAGUCCUAAAACAAACUUCCAGAUUCAACAACACCCAAAUUCUUCGUCGUCAACAUCGUUUAGUGGAGAUUCAUGUUCAAACACAACUGCUACGAGUAUGAGUACGAGUUCUCUUGCUGAUGAAUCAAGAGAUCAAAUACUGUUGGACAAUUUGCUUGAAGUUGACGACAAUUUUUGGUCCGAGGUACUAUGGGCACCAGCUGAAACUAAUGACUAUAAUCUUUCAGAUUUGUCAUUUUCUUCAUUGGAGGAAAAUUACGAGCUUAAUUCUAGCUUGAAUGAUAACUGGUUUUGGGAUGAUCUUUUUUCAACAGCCAAUGAGUUGAUGUUAGAAUUGCCUGAAUUAUGAGUCCAAAAAGGAAUAAACAUUUUCUUUUUUUGUUGCCUUUUUUGGUGUACAAUAAUUGAGAGCACGGGAAGCUAAUUUUUAAAGCUAGUGACCAAAAGUUUUGUGACAAUAAAUCAUGAUUAGUUGAAUGAUCAUUGAAUGUUAGUCAUUACUUUUACAAUCUAAAA